GUUCCGCUCACUCCCGCCGCCGUCCGAUACCAUGAAACGCCAGAACGACGACAGCGCCGCCCCCGUCCCCGCAAAGAAACCGCGCGCGAACACUGCGCACGCAGCGGCCGUCGCGCUCGUCAACUCCAUCCUUGCCAAUCCCAAGUCAUACCCCAUUUCCGGCAACGAGGAUGUCGUGCGCAAGUCCCUCGUCGAUCUGGCGUCCUACGCGCGCUCCCUGGAGGCGCAGCUCGGUGUCAGCAGCGCCCCAGUCGCUGGAAGCAGCAAGGCGAAGGCGGCGGCCACCGCGGUCGCCGCGAAGCCCGCCAGGUCGCAGGCAGACCUCGAGGUGGCGGCGGAGAAACUGAGAAAGGCAGCUGUCAGCGGCAUCAAGAAGCAGAUGUCGUGGAAGCCGUCGUGUAAGACCGGGUCUGCGAAGUGGUCCUACGACGGCAUCUGCAACGACCCGGAGGUCUUCGGCUGUCUGAUGGGUCUCGGCGGCCCUCCGACGUUCAAGAUGAAGAAGUUCACCGUAGACGAGUUUGAACGGUGUCUGGGAUCUAUUCGGGGGUCCGUUCGGUAUGAUACACUCUACAUCACCAGCAAGGAAGUGACCGUACGCUGGUCCGAUACCGGCGAGUUCAAGUUCAGCGGGUCCUAUGGCAAGUGGCAGCCUUCAACUGCCGACUACUAGACAUCGGGAUGAUUGUGCCACAUUCUAGUUCACAGGUUAUAUAGUGCUCAUUUAGUUGAUGUACAUCAUUUACUAUCCACUUCGAUGCCACUGACUAUCUCGCGACUGACACUGGUGAUCAUGCCCAACAAACAAGAGAAUGGUCGACGUUCGCUGGGCUGCACCUCACCGACG